AAAAUAAUUAAAUCGAUAAAUAAAAUUAAUUUUACUUUAUUUCAAAAACUAAGUAAAAAUAUAUAAUACGUAAAUAAUAUUAAGCAUCGAGCUUAUAUUUUUAUAAACAUACUGAUAGCGGAACACAACAUGCCGUAUCACAGGUAAAAGAAACGAUUAAUGAAAGAAAGCAUAAACAAAUGAUUUUGUAUAAAUAGUGGGUGAUGUGUGGUUUUAGCACAGUUCACCUCCCACCGGGCUGGCUUCAAGAUGAGGGUUUUGGUUGUUUUGGUUCUGGGCGUCGCGGCUCUGACCUCGGCCAGGCUGACGACGGAUCUCGACGACAAUCUACUUGGUUCUCUGGACGUUAAGAAAAGGCAAAUCUUAAUCCUAAAGUUGCUGAACCACAUCACGGAACCAUGCAUGUACAAGGAGAUUCUAGAUAUUGGCAAUAACUACAGAAUUGAAGAAAACGUCGACUUAUACACCAAAGUUGAUGUUGUGAAGACGUUCGUCCGCCAAGUGAAGCUUGGGUUGCUUCCUCGUGGGGAGAUCUUCACUCUUCAUAUCGACCGCCAGCUCAAGGAAGUAGUUUCCAUGUUCCACGUGCUCUUCUACGCCAAGGACUUUGCAACCUUCAUCAAGACAGCCUGCUGGAUGCGUAUUCAUUGCAAUGAAGGCAUGUUCGUCUAUGCUCUCCAAGUCGCCUGUAGACACCGUGAAGACUGCAAAGGCAUCAUUCUGCCUCCUCCAUAUGAAAUCUAUCCCUUCUUCUUCGUACGCGGUGACGUUAUCCAGAGAUCUUACUUGUUGAAAAUGAGGAGAGGUCUCCUUGAUGAGAAACUUUGUGACCUUUACGGCAUUAAGAAAACAGACAAGAAUGUCUAUAUAAUUGAUGAGAAUAUCUUCGACCGCCGCGUCAAUCUCAACAUAGAAGACAGACUCCGUUACUUUACUGAGGAUAUUGACCUUAACACUUACUACUAUUACUUCCACGUUGACUAUCCAUUCUGGAUGAAGGACGACUUGAUCAACACCAAGCUUAGGACGAGGCGUUUCGAACUGACACUGUACGUCUAUCAACAGAUUCUGGCCAGGUACUACUUGGAGCGUCUUUCUAACGGAUUGGGUGAUAUUAAGGUGUUGUCUUUAGACAAACCCAUAACAAAGGGAUACUGGCCGUGGUUGCUGUUACAUAACGGUGUUCAAAUGCCAAUGAGGACAAACAACUAUGUUGUUCUCCGUGACGACAACGUCAACCUUCUACGUUUGGUCGAAACUUACGAAGAACUCAUCAAGCAAGCUAUAGUCAAGGGCUUUAUCACCAUUAACGGAAUAAGGCUUGAACUGACUAAACCAGAAGACAUCGAAGUUCUUGGUAGACUCAUUUAUAGCAAGGUAGAGAAGACUACAGAUUUAACCACAUUGCAGGUUGAAGCGUACCGUUACCUUCUUGUUGUCUUGAAGGCUGUCUUGGGUCUCGACACCCUAUCUACUGACAAGUACUUCGUGGUCCCCACCGUCUUAGAUAUAUACCAAACUGCCCUACGUGAUCCCGUCUUCUAUCAACUUCAAAAACGUCUGAUUCUCUUUGUUCAACUCUUCAAACUCCGUCUGCCGAGCUACACCAAGGAGGAAUUAUACUUCCCAGGAGUUAAAGUCGACAAUGUUGUGGUUGACAAACUCGUCACCUACUUCGAUGACUACCUAAUGGACAUGACCAACGCCGUGACUCUUAAUGAAGAUGAAAUCAAGAAGACUACCUCUGACAUGAAGAUCUUGGUACGCAAACGUCGCCUUAAUCACAACCCCUUCAAGAUCACUUUGGAUGUCGUUUCUGACAAGACUGUUGAUGCCGUCGUAAGGAUCUUCCUGGGACCUAAAGAAGACGACCUUGGUCGUUUAAUUGAUCUCAACAACAACCGCCUGAACUUUGUUGAGCUGGACAGUUUCCUCUUCAAAUUGGUAACUGGUAAGAACACUAUUGUGAGGAACUCAAGGGAAAUGCACAACCUGGUCCAAGACCGUCUCAUGACUCGUGACCUCUGGAAGAGGAUUGACUCAAUAACUGACGUUAAGGAUAUCCUUAUCAAAGAGUUGAGGAACUACCACACAGGAUUCCCGUCUAGGCUGCUCCUUCCUAGGGGUCGCGUCGGUGGUAUGAGAAUGGUUCUGUACGUUUGCGUAACUCCAUUGAGAUUGGUCGACAAUGUUGAUCUGAACAUCUUAGAUGUUAACCGCAAAGACUUGAUGGUGGACUUCAGAUCAACGGUGUUGUUGGACAAGAUGCCUCUUGGUUUCCCUCUUGACCGUCAUAUUGAUGAGACUAGAUUCUUCACUCCCAACAUGAAGUUUGUUGACAUAAUGAUCUUCCACAAGAAGCAGAUGUGUGACAUGAGGACCCGGUGGGAACGUUACGUCCUCAGGAACUACAACAUGCUUGACAGGAACAUAAUGGUUGACAUGAACCAAGAUGUCUAUGGAGACAAUUUAUUGAACGUAGACCACGUGUUCGUUGACACUGACCUCAACACAAAGAUCAACCGCAAUUUGAACUUGGAUGUUUGAUUUGUGAAAACUGAAUAGGUAGCUGAUAAUAGAUUGUAACAUAACAAAUUGCACUCGAAAAAAUGUAAAAAAAUAAAUAGCAGAUUUUUUAAUUA